AAGAAAGGUCUUAUAAUUUAUCUGUUCUCGCCAUUAUUUUUAAUAAUCGGAUUUCAACCGUACAAUCUGAAAAUGUAUUUAAUAAUCUGUAAGAGUGAUAUCAAAUGAAAAAGGUAAUGGGAAAAACUGAAACUGCUUGAAGCUCACAGCCUGCAUGGUUUUAGUGCAAAGUUCACCCCAGAGGCUAUAAUACUUCACAUGAAUUUCAAAUCAUUAACUUAAAUGAAAACAUCACAUCGGUGGAAUGAGACGUCAUUUUCAAGUCAGUCAUUUCGCUUUAAGUACACUGUAUGGAUAUCAACAACAUGAACAAACAAAUGAUUGUGCUUUUGCUACUUUCACUUCCAACAGCUGCUCCAAAAGGCUCUCAUUCUUUGUGGUUGCUUGCUACUUACAUUAAAGGACAAACACAAUUUCCUCAGUUUAGCUAUGUGUUGAUGCUAGAUGACGUGAGACUUCUGUAUUAUAAUGGUGAGACAAAGACUGUUAGUAGAAUAGGAAAUACAACAAGUGAAGACAAUAUGUUUGGUUUGAAAGAGCUCAUUACCAUAAGUGACUAUAUAGAAGCAUCUUUUCUGACCAAAUGGGCAGUAGCAACAAAAUCCCAAAAUAAUACUGAGGGCCCUUUUGCCUUUCAAAGACUGGUUUUGUGUGAGCUAAAGGAUAAUGGUGAAGCAGGACAAAUGAUCACACGAGAUGCUUUCCAAGGUUUCACCACAGAUGAGCUGCGAUAUCUUGAUAGAAAUUUUACAUAUCAUGGUACUUUAAAUGUCACAGCUCAGUUGUUGAAAUGGCACCUUGACCUCUCUAUGUGGCGUCAUGAAAAUUUAUACCACCCAGUCUGCAUGAAAACUCUCAAGGGUUAUCUUGAAAAAAGGAGAAAUCAAGUUAAUAGAAAAGUGAAACCCAAAGUCAGGCUUCUCCAAACAGAUCUUUCUUCUGGGUUUUGGGUGACGUGUCUGGCAACCGGAUUUUACCCUCGACACAUCAAUCUGACCCUGUUCAGAGAUGGACAGCCUGUAUCUGAUGAUGAGAUCACUGGAGGAGAUCUGCUGCCCAAUGAUGAUGGGACGUACCAGAUGAGGAAGAUCCUGAAGAUCAGUGAAGAAGAACAGAGAGAGAAACACAAAUACACCUGCACUGCCACACAUCUCAGUCUGGACAACAAACUGGACAUCACUUUGGUGUAUGAUCAUGGGACACCAUUAAAACCAGUGCUUUCCACAGUCCUAACAGUUUUGGCAUUUGUUAUUGUGACUGUGGCUGCAGUUAUUAUAUGGAGAAAGAGACAUACAGCUUCUUCUAAAAGUGAAUAUUCUUCUGCGUCGUCAUCUGAAGAACAUGUUUACAAAGAAUAAUAGAUUUGAUGUAAUCAUUAUGACAUGAAGAUACUUUUGUGGUUUUAACAAAGAUUUAAUGUCCAUUCAUUUUUCACUUAAAAAUACAGGAAAUAUGUACACAAAAUUGAAAACAAAACAAUUUUCAGAACGAAAUGUCUUCUUCAGGCAUCCGUCAGUAUUUAGUGUGCCCUCUCUUGGCCGAAACACAUCUUGAGCUUUUUUGAGGAGACUGAAGUCCUGAAGUCAUUCGAUUAGAAAUUAGGAUUUAAUUUCAUUUAGGUUUAAGAGAUCCUGCAGCUGCCUGGUAUUGCUCAAGUGGAAGGGGAGUUUACCUUAAAUACUUGACUCUUCAGCUUAUACUUUUAUAAUGUUUUUAAUAAUACAUGUAAAUUACAAAUUUCCUGUAUUUUCUGGUUGUAUUAUAAGAGACUGAGAAUUCAUUAUAUAUGAUCUAUAACAUUACAAACACAACAAAUCUAAUGGUGGCCUAAGACCUUUGCACAGUACUGUAUGUACCGUGCAAAAUUAUUGGUUGUUUUUGCAAUGUUAUAGUGAUCAUAUAUAAUUGUUUCUCAGUCUCUUUAAUAGAAUACACCAGAAAAUGUGUAUAGUAUUAAAAACUAUAUAAAAAUGUAAACUGAUGUGGCAAGUUUUUAUGGUAAACUCCCCUUCCACUUGAGCAAUAGCAGAAAACUGCAUGAUCUCUUAAACCUAAAUGAAAUUAAAUCCUAAUUUCUAAUUUUAAAGAAAUUAGUCUUUUUACUUCAUUCUGCUCAUUCUGCUUUGUUUAGUGCCAAGAGAGGUCACACUAAACACUGACGAUGCCUAAAGAAGACGUUUAGUCCUGAAAAUUUAAUUUUUUAUUUUUAUGUACAUAUUUCCUGUAUUUUCUGUUUGUAUCUUAAUAAAACAGAUUGAACAAUAAAUAUGGAUGGACAUUAAAACAUCUAAAACAACAAGUCUGGUGGUGGUGGCCUAAGACAUUUGCACAGUACUGUAUAUAAUUGUUUUAUUUUAUAUAUUUUUAUUUUAUAUAUUUUAUAUUUUUUUUUAAUGUUUGAGGUGUCUGUGACUAGCAAAUUUUUUUGUAAAUCACUGAAAUCAGUUGAGAAAUUUAAUCAUUUUCGUGCAUAACUCCUGUUCACGUGCAUGUAUUUAUAUGGCAGUCUUGCCAGAAGUCGUAUGGGGGCGCAGUUGACUUGUGGCAGCAAAGGACCAAAGCAUUCAGUUCUCAACCUGACAUAUUGGUUACUGUAUGACACAAACACUGUUAUUUUGUUAUUUAGAUAAUAUUUUGCUGAAGUACAGUUAUAUUGUAAAAGCAAAUAAUUAACCCAUACAUUUGCUGUGGUGCUGUUUGUACAAACAAAAUGUGUAAGGUAUUUGUUUAAAACAGCUAUUGCAUGUUUCUCAUUUGGAAUUGACAUAAUAAUAUUAUUUUUACAGUUUCACUUUCAUUUUGUAAUAAUCAUGCUAGAUACGCUUCUUUUCUUUGUUAACAUCAAUACUGUUAUUUUGUCCAUAUUGAUUGAGAAAUGUCUGUUUUAAAUCUCCCCUUUACACAACGGUUCACACUUGUGUGUAAACCAUUGUUUUUAGAAGUUACGGGUGUUCGACUGUAUGCGCAGAUCGAUCGGCGUGUGACAUCAAGGUACCGCGAGAGCUAGUUGAAAUACGUUCUCGCGAUACUGCCAUACAUCAAUCGAAUCGGUGAUACUCACACAAGAGUGCAGCGAAACCUCACUGAAGUUGGUCCUUUUAGUAAGCGCUUAAAACAUAAUAUAUAAAUAUCAGUAAUAUGUACAAAAUUCUUGUCCUUAUUUUACAUUUGAUUCCAACAGCAGCCCCAAAAGGUAAGAUUUCAAAUGAAAAACUUUUUUAAAUAAAUUUGUUUUCAAAUGUAUAUAGAAAACAUCUAACCAAACUUACUUCCUGCUUUUUGACCACACUGAGGGAAAAUUGUGAAUUGAUGUGAAUAUUGAGAUGUAAAAUAAUUAAAGUAAUGAUAUAAGUGAAGAUAUGAAACAAGAAAUAACAUGCAAAAUAAAAAAAAUAGUUAAUGUAAAGUCUUUUAUUUUUGUUUCGAUGUCUGUUAAAUGCACUGCACCAAAAUGUGCUGCAUUAAAAAUUUAAAUAUAAUAAAGUACUUAACAAAUUUCAACUUACUAUUUCAAAUAUUUUUUAAUGUUUCUACAUAAGUUAAACUUAAUUUUAAUUAGUUUAACUUAUGUAGAAACAUUAAAAAAUAUUUUCCCAAGUUAUUUUGGUAAUACUUUACAAUAAGGUUCAUUAACAUUCGUAAUGUAUUAAUUAACAUGAACAAACCAUGAGCAAUACAUUUGUUACAGUAUUUAUUAAUCUUUGUUAAUGUUAGUUAAUAAAAAAAGCUUUAAUUGUUUGUUCAUGUUAGUUCAUAGUGCUUUAACUAACGUUAAGAAGAUUUUAAUAAAGUAUUAGUAAUUGUUGAAAUUAACAAUAACAAAGAUUAAUACAUGCUGUAUACGUGUAGUUCACUAUUAGUUCAUGUUAACUAAUGUAGUUAACUAAUGUAAAAUAAUGAACCUUAUUGUAAAGUUUUACCGUUAUUUUUUACUUAUUUGCAACGCACCAAUGGGUCAAAAUGUAAAAUGGUAGGUUGAAAAGCCAAUUUAAUUGUAUUUAAAUUAAGACAGCAAAAUAAUUUUAGCUGCAGAUUUCUACACAUUAUGUUUUUACAAUUAAUUAAACCAAAUUUCAAAUUUUUGUUGUUUCCACAUGUUUUG